GUUAAGAGUUAAAAAAUAAUCCUCCAGAUUUUUUCUGAGGAUUUGCUUCCGUUGAAUCGACGACAAGGUCGCUCUUUCGUGUUUUUUGGAUGACAUUUGCGAAAUUGAUAGCAGGUAAGGAAUUUCUUUGAUGUAUUAUAGCAGGUAAGGAAUCGACGACAGGGUCGGCGCAAGUUCCUUACAGAACUAUAUGAGCUUCAAUGGCGAUAUCAUUAAGCGCCAUCGCCUUCUCCUCCAGCUGCUUCGAGCAUGCUCCAAGGCUCCUACCAUCAAAACCACAAGACCCCUUCAUGCUUUCACAAUUACAAUGGGUCCUGUUCCAAACCAGGCUAUAUUUGUGCAAAAUAAUCUCAUAUUUCAAUAUUCUUCUCUUGGGGUGUUAUUGAUGGCUCGUAACCUGUUCGACGAAAUGCCCCACCGAAAUGUUGUGUCUUAUAACACGAUAAUUAGUGCUUAUAGCCGACGUGGGUUUGUGAAGGAAGCAUGGGAUUUGUUUUCGGAGAUGAGAGAUUGUGGUUUUGUGCCGACCCAAUUCACAUUUGGUGGGUUAUUAUCAGCAGACUUGUUGGAUGUUUGGCAGGGCGCUCAAUUGCAGGGGUUAUCGGUUAAAAAUGGAGUGUUUGAUGCUGAUGCUAUUGUGGGAACGGGCUUGUUGGGGCUGUAUGGCAGGGAAGGAUGCUUUGAGGAAGCUUUACGGGUUUUUGAAGAUAUGAGUUGGAAAAGUUUGGUGACAUGGAAUUCGAUACUGUCAUUACUUGGUCGUAGCCAACUUGUGGAUGAAUGUAAGCUUCUGUUUUGUGAGCUUAUGUAUGGUGAGACUGAACUGCCCAAGUUCUCUUUUGUGAGUGUUCUGUCUUGUUUUUCACGCAAAGAAGACUUGAAAUUUGGGCAACAAUUGCAUGGUAUUGUGGUUAAAAUUGGGUUUUAUUAUGAAGUUUUGGUUGUAAAUUCUCUGAUGAACAUGUAUUUACAAUGUGGAGGCUUUUACUUAGCUGAGAAACUGUUUGUAGAGGUGCCUGUGCGUGAUGUUGUGACAUAUAAUUCAAUCAUUAGCGCGGGGACAAAAGUUGACAAGCCCGAAUUAGCAUUAGAACACUUUUACAGUAUGAUAGAAAAGGGACUAAUUCCUACCCAGGCAUCAUUUGUAAACUGUGUCAACUCUUGUAGUUCUAUGGAAAGUUCAAUUUAUGGAGAAUAUUUUCACUCAAAAACGAUUCGUUCUGCUUUCGAGUCUGAUGUGUUUGUGGGUACCGCCUUGAUUGACUUUUAUGCAAAGUUCAAAAAGUUGGAGGAAGCCCGCCGUUGCUUUGAUGAGAUAACUGAGAAGAAUUUGGUAUCUUGGAAUGCUUUGAUUUCGGGUUACUCUACCGAUUGCUACACAUCCUGUAUGUAUUUACUGAUAGAAAUGCUCCAUUUUAGUUAUAGACCGAACGAGUUUACAUUUUCAGCCAUUAUGAAGAGCCUAUUAGCUUCAGAAUUACUUCAAAUUCAUUGCUUGAUUAUAAGAAUGGGCUAUGAGGAGAAUGCUUAUGUAUCAAGCGCUCUUGCUUCUUCCUAUGCCAAACAUGGUCUCAUAUCUGAUGUCCUGGCUUACAUCUCUCAGCCUUCUGUUGUGCUUUCUAACAUUGUUGCUGGAUAUUAUAACAGAGUUGGCCUAUACGAUGAGACACAGAAAUUGUUUCGCUCUCUUGAGGUACUUGGCAUUAUAUCAUGGAAUAUUCUGCUUGAAUCUUGUGCUAAAACGGGUAAUUAUUUCAAAGUUCUAGCACUUUUCAAAUGCAUGCUGCUACUUCAAAUCUACCCUGAUAAUUAUACAUUCAUCUCCCUUCUUAGUGUUUGUGCUAAACUGUGCAAUCUUGCUCUGGGUAGUUCUGUUCAUGGCGUUAUGAUAAAGACUGGUUCAUGUUGUUUUGAUACAUUUGUGUGCAAUUUGUUAAUUCAUAUGUAUGGAAAAUGUGGAAGCAUUGGAUGUGCUUUGAAAAUAUUUGAUGAUGUGAAAGAUAGAAACUUAAUCACAUGGACUGUUCUAAUCUCUGUUCUUGGAUUACAUGGCCAUGCUUAUGAAGCGUUGGAAAGGUUUGCAGAAAUGGAGCUUUCAGGGCUUAAACCUGAUGGGGUAGCUCUUGGUGCAGUGCUUACAGCUUGCAAGCACGGUGGGCUUGUUAAAGAAGGAAUGGAGUUGUUUAGCAAGAUGAAAGUGGAAUAUGGGGUCGAACCGGAAAUGGAUCAUUAUCAAUGUUUGGUUGACUUGCUUUCUAUACAUGGAUACGUUGUGGAAGCCGAGAAGGUUAUUAGCUCCAUGCCUUUCCCCCCUGAUGCUCUUCUAUGGCGUAGCUUCCUGGAAGGCUGCAAAAGAGAAAGGACGUUAUGAGAAUUCUUUUUGUGCUGAAACGGAAGAUAAAUCGAUGGCUCGUUCCUUUUUGGGGUAUGGCUUUAAAGUUAAGGGGACACAAGAAUUGUCGUGUUAUUCUUGAUGAUGAGGGAUACUUCUCACCACCAAAGAAGUAAAUCAACGUACGAUUCGUGUGUGGAAUCUUGUUCACUACGUAGUUAAGCUUCCUAUUGAUAUCAGAGGAGGAGACCGGACAUUGGAACCACCAAUUAGUUUGGAAGCAUCAGUUCUAAUAACUGUGAGAUUCCACAUCAGUUGAGAAGGAGAACGAU